AAAAACAUGACAACGACCAAUUAAUUUGAAAGAGACUACUUAAUUUUAAAAUCAUGGAAACAGACGAGAACUGGCUAAGCUUUUUCCAGGCAGCUCUGGUAUGUAUUGAGAAACACGAUAAUGCAAAGGCUUUAGAAUUUACCCGACAACUGUACGAGUCUGGUGAGAUUUACCACAACGGAGUGGAGAAUGAAGACACUGCGAAUGAAAUAUACAACCACUGUUUGCAUCUCUUAAAUACAGGACAGGUUUUUGAUCCAUUUCUAGAGACAAAGUGCUUUUACAGAGUGAAGCUGCUUUCUUCCGAGAAUUUGGAUCCAACUUCUGUCUGGUUAAGCGUCUUGAAUGAUCCAAGUAUUUCUAUAGCAAGAAAACUCAAGUUGCUUAGAGAAAUACAAGAAGUCAUAGAUGAGUACUCCGUGGCAGAACAUCCGAUAGUAUGGCACUGUAUGCUCGAGAUAAGAACUUCAUAUAACCAUAUGCUGGACCUGAAUGCCGGAAAUCACAGCACCACUGAAAUUAUACGAAGAGAAUUGCUUAAAGUAUUUGUCUUUAGUGGCAAGAAAUUUCUUCAAGAGGUAAAGUGGUUCAAGGGUUUGGACGAAGUAGUUUGCAGAAUGUGCAUGAACUUACGGAGAGAUUUCCAACAAUAUCCCGAAUUUAAAUCACUUUUAAUUCUCUGGGCCCAUGCACUGGAAAAAGUUGGGAAAAUAGAUUUAGCCAUUCAAAGAGCACAGGAGGCAAAUGACGAGAAAUUGGUGACAAGAUUACAUCAACAAAAAUCCCCAGAAAGUGAAAGCGAAGUAGAUGAAGAGUGGAUAAAAGAUACACAUGGCUUUACCAUGUCUCAAGAACAAAGAAAACCAGCAAACGAAACAUUAAAGAAGAAAAAAUCAAGAAGCAGACCAAAACGAAGAGAUAACCUAAACCAACUAAACCAAGGCAGUGGGACGUUUGACCCAUGGGACGAGAAAUACAAGGCUGGAGAUGUCCAUAAUGCAAUUGCAGAAGUUAAUAGUCCUAUUAAAAGCUGGAAAGACGUAACAGAAUUCGAUUUACCUGUUGGAAGACCUCGAAGGAGAAGACACAGAAGACAAAAAAUAUCGGAUGAAGGGAAUUCUCUACAACAUCAUCAACCUCCGAAAGCGCAAGCCAAAUCACACUCGAAAUUAAAAAGGCCAAAUGCAAGAGAAAUCAGUGCUCCGGGACUAAUUUCUGAAGAUGAAUUCGACCCAAUACCCCAUGAAAAGUUAGAGGAAAUUGGCACUGACUUUGAAUCCAGUGAUGAGGAAAGUGAAUCACAAGAUGAAGAAUCGCUGCAAGAUAAUUUUUUUGAAGAAUCGCGCAAAUUUUACGACUCUCUAAACCGAAACAAAAACAUCGAUGAAAACCUUUUAAAAAAUGGUCUUGAUCUUUCAGAAGGUUGUGUAAAUAACUUUAUGCGUGUCAAAACUAGAAAAUUUUACGAUGAAAUGCACAGCAAAGAGGAAUCUCUUGAUCUUUGCAAAAAGUUUCCUAGCAAAUACAAACACUGUAAAUUGGAAAUUUUAACACCACACAGAGCACUUUGUAUUUCCUUGGAUGAGGAUCUUGAGAUAGAAAUUUCAGGACGAUCUAAAUGCGGAAAAGCCUUUAAUCAAGACCAGGUUGUUGUUGAAAUUUUGAAAAAUUCUAGAAAUUUACCGAUCAGAUCAGUGCAACCUACUAAGAGUUCUGAAAUUGAUUGCAAUAAAAUAUUUGGAAAAGUCAUCGGAAUAACGAAUCGGAAUGAAGCAUUGCCUACAAACCCUGUCUUUGUGUGUACCCUUGAUCAUUAUCAAACAUACCAUAUGAAGCCGCUUUGCAAAACAGUUCCCAAAAUACAUAUUCUGAGUUCAAAGCGAGAAAGAGAAUCUCAAGUUGAGAUCUAUAAGUAUAACAAAAGAGGAAAGGAUCUGAUAUUUGAUGGACUUAAAUCAAUCGAUCAAUCAAAACGAAAAGGAUAUAUUUUCCUUGUGUGUUUCAUUGCUUGGAAUGAAUUGUAUCCCCUCGGGGCUGUCAUCAGAAUGUAUGAUGGGAAAUGUGACAUAAAAACCUCACUCAGGCUGCUUUGUCUGAGAAAUAAUGUAUCUGUACUCUAUGAAAAGAAAACAGUUAAGGAAGUAGAAAAAAUAAGAGAGGAAAUGCCAGAUCAGAAAAAAACAGAAAAACGGACAGAUUUUUCAGAUAGUUUGUCUGUUUUUACAAUUGAUGGAAACAACUCAGAAGACUUAGAUGAUGCACUUAGUAUAAGAAGAAUAUCAGACACAGAAUUUGAAAUCGGUGUUCAUAUUGCUGAUGUUGGCAGUGUCAUAAAGAAGAAUGACCCUAUUGAUCGAGAGGCACAAGAGAGGUCAAAUUCUUUCUAUCCGGGAAAAAACAAACCACCAUAUCAUAUGCUUCCAGAGCCUUUGGCAACAGACAUCUGUAGUCUUCUUCCUGGAGAGAAACGAAAAACGAUUUCAAUUUUUUACAAAGUCGAUGAAAAUGGAAAUGUCUCGGAAAAAAAGAUUGACCGCACUUUUAUUCAAUCCAGACGACGUUUUACGUAUCAAAAAGUUCAAACACUAUUGUCAGAAACAACUGAAAACAAUGAGUUUACACAGGAUCUUCAAAAUUUGCAUUGCAUAACCAAGAACAUUCGUUUAAAACGCUUGAAACAUAAAAUAUUCUCCUUUCCAUUUGAAUCAUCAUUCGAAGACAGCGAUGACUCUUAUUUCAAGAAUCUUGAUGCUCAUAUAAUAGUAGAAGAAUGUAUGAUUCUUGUUAAUCAAACUAUAGGCCAGACAUUAAUUGAAACAUUUCCAGACUGUGUUCCUCUCAGAGUACAAAGCGAACCCCCAUCUUCCAAAAUUAAUGAAUGGUUAGAGAAUUACCCUGACAUUGCAGAUUUCGUCUUAUCGCUUCAAAAUCAACAACUUUCGACAAAUAGAACUUUAUCUUUCGAAAAUAUUCCUGAAGAUAAUUUAUUGCAGCAACUACCAUUACAAAAACAUAUAUGGGACGCAAUUGUGUCAAGUUAUAAAGAGAAAAAAAUUAAGAAUAUGGAGAGAUUAAUUGGCACCGACGAGUUUCAUCCACUUCAAGCAAUGGCGUAUGAAUCAUGGAUGUCAUUUCAAGAGACUUCAAGUUAUCGAUGUUCGGGGUCAUCUCAAGAGAAAAGACAUUUUUCUUUGGGAAUUACAACGUACGUUCAUUUUACGUCACCCAUUCGACGUUAUGCAGAUUUGAUUGCAAAUCGUCUCGUGCAUGCUCUGCUUGACCAGAAUGAAUCACCCUACUCUCAGAGAGAGGUUGAAACGCUGUGCAAAAAAAUCAAUGGAAGCCAAACCAGAAAAUUUCAGAGGCAGUGUCGUUUACUUCACCUUGGAAGACAAUUUAAAAAACAACCAGUUAUGUUACAUAGCUUGGUCGUAUCUGCAUCAGAAAAAUCUCUUUUAGUUUGUUUUCCUGGUCAAAGAGAAUUAACAAAAUCAUGUGGUGAAGUUCAAUAUCAUUUACUAAAGCUAAAAUCAAAACCCGAUUUAGAGGAAAAUAAAAAGCACAUAUUGACUCUAUCAUGGCAGCAGCGUUUAUAUUCAGCACUUGGUUUUUCGUCAAAUGCAUCAAAUUCUAAAAGAGGACCAGUAAAGAUCAAUCCACAUCAAAGAGUAUUUUUUCCGACUCUUUGGAAAUGGAAACAGUUGUUACAAUGUCUUAUUAGCGACAAUAUGAAUUUGCUGGAUGAGAAUUUUUUCUUUGAAAAGGAAGUAUUGCCAAGUGCUAUUGAGUGUCAAGGUACUCAUUCAGAUGCAAGUUCUGAGACAUUAGAUGGCAUAAUCGGAAAACAGUAUACUGAUUUCAGUUUGACUUUCAGCACUGCCCAAAUCAUUCCUAUUCAAAUGGGAGCUGAGCAAAAUGAGGGAAUGCUAACGCCAGUGAUUCAUCUCUUUGAAAACACAAAAAAUGUGAAGUGCUGCCUACAGCAUAUGUCUGAUCCCGUUCAAUGUUUCUCUUCAUAUGCCACUAGACAUGCAGGCAACAGAAGGAUGGUAUCAUCUGAAUAUAUUCAAAGAUGGCGCAACAUUUUUCGAAUGGAGUCUGUUACCAAUGCUACAAAAUCCAUACCAAUAAUCAUAAACGAUUUACGCGUUGACUUUCAUGGAUCCACUGAAACCUACGAUGGUUCGUUCAUACUUUUAAAAUCAUUUUGUCUGCAGAGGGAUAUAGACUUCAGAUGGCACUUAGAAAAAGAUACUGAGAAGUGUGUCUCAUACCAAACAGAUUUUAUUUGCAUUCGCUGUGAGUUAAUAAAUGGAAAACCUUUGCAGGCAAGAAUAGCAAGUUCACCAAAUGAACGAAGGAUAUGGGUUGGUCAUGGAGAGACAAAGACUUUUCAAAGAGGUAAAACAAGCGGAGACGUUAAAGUACACUUUAAAUUGCACAAAGACAGUCCUAAACCAGAACCUUCGAUGAGGGAUGCAAGCAGUCCAUCGUGCACGAUUGAAAUACUUCAAAUGUCUGACUCAGACAAGAAUAUUGAGGAUGCCUUUAAAGGUUUAGAAAAUGCUGAACAACUUGCAAAGUCAAUAGCUUUAAGAGAAAGAAUUCAAUCUUUAGACGACAUCCACGUGAGAUUGGCAAAACAAACAAAGUCCGACGUGAUGCACGCAUCAUUGCAACCGAACAAUGAAAAGCAGUUAGAGGCUAUAAAGAAGGCUCUGUCAUCUCGAUUUACUCUCAUACAGGGUCCACCUGGCACAGGGAAGACCUUGACUGGAAUUAAGCUCAUCAUGCUUUUUAAAGACAUCAAUCUAAAGAUUCGAGAAAACGGUGGUGAUCAUAAACAAGUUGUUUACUGUGGACCUUCAAACAAGUCUGUUGAUCUUGUAGCACGAUGGAUAAGAUUGCAUUUAAGAGAUAUCUCUCCGAAAAUGGUAAGAAUGUAUGGAAGUUCCAUGGAAAGUACUGUAUACCCCAUUCCCGGUAGAGAUUACAUUAAUCAAACAUCAUGCAAAGACAAUCGACCGGAUUCUGAUCUCGCAGAAGUAUCACUACAUAACUUGAUUAGAGAAAAAGAAAAACCUUUCGCUGACAGACUAAGAGCUUUUGAUAAAAUGUUCAGGGAAAAUCCAGAUGGUACCUGUAUUGACCCGGAAAAGGUUAUUGAAUAUAAAAAAUUACUCUCAGAGGCGACGGAGGAGGAGCUUAAACAUUAUGACGUUAUUUUUUGCACAACUGCCGUAGCAACAAAUCCAAAAUUUCUGAAAGCUACAAAAAAUAAAAUAUUCCAGCUCAUAAUUGAUGAGGCAGGGAUGUGCACUGAGCCAGAAACCAUGGCUCCAAUUAUUGCUGCAAAACCAGAACAGGUAGUUCUCAUUGGUGACCAUAAACAACUCCAACCAAUCAUUAUUUGUGAAGAAGCGGCUAAAUUGGGUCUUUCAACAUCCCUUUUUGAGCGAUAUGCUGACAAUGCUGUGUUUUUAGACAUCCAAUAUAGAAUGAAUGAAAAGAUUUGCGAAUUUCCAUCAAAACAGUUUUAUAAGGGAAAACUCAAAACUGGACCUUCUAAAAAAUAUGAAGUUAAGGAACCUUUACAAAUAUGGAUAAAUCCUUAUACCCCUCUUUUGUUUUGUCACGUGGAAGGAGAAGAAGAAUGCCUAGCAGUGUCCACAGAAGAAGGAAAUCAGCAAUCAAGGAGCAACAAGGCAGAAGUAGAACAUGUGGUUAAAGUUUAUAAUUAUCUGAUGUCUCAUGACGGAAUAGAAACGCAUAACAUUAAAGUUAUGUCGCAGUACAAUGCACAGUGUUUUGCGAUACGAGAGGCUCUAAAAGAGAGAAGAUUCAUCAAUUAUAAAGUUAAUACGGUUGUAUCCAGUCAAGGUGGUGAGUGGGACUACGUGAUCUUCAGCACUGUCAGAUCACUACCAGAUUACAGGAUUGAAUCAUAUCCUACACUAGGCUGGUGCAAGAAUAACUUAGGUUUUAUUACAGAUCAACACCAAAUUAAUGUUGCCCUCACCCGAGCCAGAAAAGGCAUUAUUAUCAUAGGAAAUAAGAAACUGCUUCAAUGUGAACUUGUUUGGAGAGAACUGAUAAGGCACUACAACCAAUUGGGCUGCGUUGUGGAUGCUGAGAAACAAAAUCUCACUCCACUGAAGCGAAAGAGAAGAAAUUGAAAUUAUUUUAUAAGACAAGCUGAUCGAAAAAUAUUUUGAGCAAAUGAAAAGACGAAAGGAAAUCUAUAUUAACCGAAAUACAGCUGGGGACACGGAUUGUGUCGAAAAUAACAGGGAACUGGAUUGGAUGAAAAACAUAGAGUAAAAUAAAGUGAAAUAGGAAUAAAAAUGAAUGUAGAAAUUCACAAGGAAACAAAUAGCACACGUGUAUGAUUAUACUGUGACUUUUUCUUCAGCAUUCACAUCAUUGCAACAUCAAUUGAUUCCUUUAUCAUCUAACUUUGCCAUAAGAUCCAUUGAAAGUUAAUUUUUCAAGGAUUUUCAGCGUCUUGAUUGAAAAGACCAUAUCAUUUCAAUUAAUUUGUUAAAUGGAUUUAAGGCAUAUUUUUUUCUGUCUAUGGUUCCAAUUUCCCAGAUUUUAAGAUUUUGACACAACCAUAUAUCAAUUAAGCA